UUUCCUCAAAGCAGCCAGUGGACUCAAACUUUUCUAGAGAAUACUCACACUUUUUAUACCCUGGUUGUCGGCGUCGGUACUUUAGCAUAAAUGCCGACAUCUGCGUUCAAAGCACCGGGUUUAAUAACCGUCGGCGUUCAUUGGUGAUGGACAGACAGCAGUUCCAACUGAGCGACGAAGAGUGCGAACGACCUCGAGAGGAAACCCGGAGACGGAGAAGAAAGAAGGCCAUUACAUCCUCCUCCUGCUCCUCCAUGGAUCAGAUCUCGGUUGAGUUUGUUCUUCCCACCGUGGGGCGGGGCGGAACGGGCCCUGACACUCUGCUGCUGGAGGUGGCCGGAAACUGGACCGUGGAACAGGUGAAAGCUCAGGUGUGGAUGAAGGCGGUUACUCUAAACCUACAUCCGGAAUUCUAUCAGCGAUUCUCUCCCGACCACUGCAUCCUGCUCUAUCAGAAGAAGGGCACUGUUUGCGAGAUCUACGACAAGCACCAGGUCUUCCAGACGCUAGAUUGCAUCCGCUACUGGAGAGCCCUCAAAAAGGACGUGGGGCGGAUCCAGCUGGUGCCCCGCCCUCAGCCCCCGGAGGAGUCUCUGCAGUACCAGCGUUUCCUGAACUACCUGAUUGGCUACGAUGUCACCGACGUCAGCAACGUCCACGACGACGAGCUGGAGUUCACACGCCGGAAGCUUUUCACCCCGAGGCGCAUUGAGCUGUCCGAACGGGACCCAAAGCUUUACUCCAUGGACCCCUGGGUGACCUGCAAGCCACUCCCCGAGCACCUGCUCUCCAAAGUGAAUAAUGGGCACGCUCUGGUGGUAAUACACGCCAGCACAGCCAGCCAGACCAUCAAAGUCUCCAUUGAUGACACGCCUACGCAGGUAUUGGCAAGCUUUUUUACAAAAACUGCAAACAAAAGGUCUUUGUUUGGAAUCCCUGACAACACGUGUGAGGCAGAUUAUGUGCUGCGUGUGUGUGGCAGGGACGAGUACCUGUAUGGUGAAAAACCCCUGCAGAACUUUAACUGGAUACGUCAGUGCCUCAGGAACGGGGAGGAAAUCCACCUUGUUUUGGAGACGCCACCUGACCCCGAACUGGACCUGGUCCUAAAAGAAGAUUGGGCACAAGUGGACGACUGUACUGGAGUUGCGGGUACUCAUGAGCAGUUGACAAUCGAUGAGAAAGAGCAUGAACGGGUGUUCACCAUUUCCAUGUGGGAUUGUAACAGGAAGUUCAGAGUAAAGGUGUUGGGUAUCGACAUCCCAACCCUACCGAAAGUACCAGAAUUUAUAGUCUUCAUAGAAGCCAGCAUAUUCCAUGGGCAGCAGCUUUUAGCCCAGGAGAGGACUACUACCAAAACUUUCAAUGAAGAAGUGCUGUGGAACUGCUGGUUGGAGUUCAACAUUAAGAUCAAGGACCUGCCUAAAGGGGCACGCCUUAAUCUGCAGGUGAUCUGUGGUAAGCAGCCCCAGGCUUCGAACCCCAAAGGUUCCUACCAGGAUAACACCUCAGGAACCAGCAGCCUCGAUGGAAAAAACAAGAACCGCGUCCUGUACUACGUCAACCUGCUUCUCGUCGACCACCGCUCUCUGCUCCGCCAGGGCGAGUUCAUCCUCCACAUGUGGAAGAUGCCCGAGAAGAGCGAGGAGAGCAGCAGCAGCAUCAACGCCGACAAGCUCACCUCCGCCACCAACCCGGACAAGGCCUCCUCCAUGGCCAUCGCCAUUUUGCUGGAUAAGUACUGCUACCCCGUGGUGCUGCCCAAGAGCAGGGACCUGAGCAAGGACAGCGCAGCCGGGGGCGAGGAUGCCGAGUCCGGGGAGCGAGGUCAGAGGGAUAUGCCCAACCAUCUGAAGAAACAGUUUGAGGCCAUUGUGACCACGGACCCCUUACACCCACUUAGUCCCGAGGACAAAGAGCUUCUGUGGCACUUCAGGCACGAGUGUAUGCGCCACCCAAGGGCUUACCCAAAACUGCUGGGGUCGGUCCGGUGGGGGAAACAAGAGGAUGUUUUAGCAACGCACCGUCUGUUGGAGCGCUGCAGUGCGUGGGACACCAGCGGCCUGGACGUCGGCCUCGCCAUGCAGCUGCUCGACUGCCACUACUCAGACGCUCACGUUCGUUCGAUGGCCGUCAGGAAGCUGGAAACGCUGGAGGAUGACGACGUGCUCAGGUAUCUCCUCCAGCUUGUCCAGGCAGUCAAGUUUGAGCCAUACCAUGACAGUGCUCUGGUGAGGUUCCUGCUAAAGAGAGCUCUCCGGAGUAAACGAAUCGGUCAUUUCCUCUUCUGGUUUCUGCGAAGCGAGAUCGCCCAGUCCAUGCACUACCAGCAGAGGUACGCCGUCCUGCUGGAGGCCUACCUCCGAGGCUGCGGGGAGGACAUGCUGCAGGAUUUCAGGAAGCAGGUGGAUAUGACUGAGGCUCUGCAGAAAGUUACCCGCGAGACGAAAGCCAUGUCUGCAGAUAAAUACGACGUCACAGCACAAGUGAUUUUUCAGCUGCGGCAAAAACUGGAGCAGCUGUCCGGGGUGCCGGAGAGUUUCCGGGUUCCUUAUGAUCCGGGGCUCCGGGCUGGAACCCUGCUGAUCGAGCAGUGCAAAGUGAUGGCGUCCAAGAAGAAGCCGCUGUGGCUGCAGUUCAAAAGAGCCGACCCCACCACCCUGUCCAAAGACCCCAUAGGCAUCAUCUUCAAAGAUGGCGAUGACCUCAGGCAGGACAUGCUCAUCCUGCAGAUUCUAAAGAUCAUGGAGUCGAUCUGGGAGACGGAGUCACUGGACCUGUGUCUGUUGCCUUAUGGCUGCAUCUCCACUGGCAACAAAAUUGGUAUGAUUGAGAUCGUGAAGGAUGCCACGACCAUUGCCAACAUCCAGCAGAGUGUUGUGGGAAGCACAGGCGCCUUUAAAGACGAAAUCCUCUGUCAGUGGCUGCGGGACAAGUGUGUUAGCGAGGACAAGUUCCAGCAGGCCGUGGAGCGGUUCUUGUUCUCCUGCGGUGGAUAUUGUGUGGCUACCUACGUCCUGGGGAUCGGCGAUCGCCACAACGACAACAUCAUGAUCACAGAGUCUGGGAAUCUCUUCCACAUCGACUUUGGUCAUAUCCUGGGGAAUUACAAGAGUUUCAUGGGAAUCAGUAAAGAGUGGGUUCCCUUUGUGCUCACGCCAGACUUCCUCUAUGUCAUGGGAACAUCUGGAAAGAAAAGCAGUCCCCACUUCCAGAAGUUCCAGGACGUGUGCGUGAAGGCUUACCUCGCCCUUCGGCACCACACCAACCUCCUCAUCAUCCUUUUCUCCAUGAUGUUGAUGACAGGCAUGCCUCAGCUGACCAGCAAGGAGGACAUCGAGUACAUCCGCGAGGCGCUGACCGUCGGCCGCAGCGAGGACGAGGCCAAGCGUCACCUGCUGGACCAAAUCGAGAUCUGCAGGGAGAAAGGAUGGAUGGUUCAGAUCAACUGGUUUGUCCAUCUGGUGCUGGGGAUCAAGCAGGGUGUGGAGAAACGGUCCACUUAGACCUCGCUGUUACCCCCAAAAAAAACAACAAUCUUAACAAUCUCAUAAGGGAGCAAACAUAAUUUUAUUUCUUGUUAAUUUGCUUGCACUCUGUGUUGAAUUUGAGACCAUUUGAAAUGAAGUUUUGUCUGUUUUUUUCUGUAUUGAAGGUAGUUAUGUCCUAUGACGAGGAGUGUCUGAGCAUAACUAAAUGAAACGGUCCCAGUUUUCAUGCAUUUUAUAAACCAAGUGCGCAAGAAAAAGAGGUUUUGACGGUGACCAAUGCCACCGUUUUAAUUAUUUAUUCAUCAACAAUGUUUUUGAAUCACACUGGCUGCUAAAAUACCUCUUCGAUGUCUUUGGAGGAAAUGUAUCACGCCGCUUUUUUAUCGCCGGUUUUGCAACUUUUACUGCCACGUCUGUCCACAGUAACCCGUUUGGUUACAUCUGCUCCGUCCCACUUCUGACGGGCCUCCCCGGUUCAGAUCAGCCGAGCUCCACCCUUAAAGCAAGGUAUUACUCUGCGACACGGCAAACGGUCAACAGGCUGAGAACUCACACUGGCACACACCACAAAUCAAACUCGGACGACCACACACGAUGUAGUAGAGAAAUGUUAAUGCCAAAUGUUUAGUCCCGAUCAGCAGUUUUUCUUCACACAGUUUGUACAUAUUAGUCUUAUAGUCACUGUCUCAUUGUGAGUUGUGUUUUUGUCUGAGUGUGGUUGAUUAGGGAAAAAAGAAAAGGAAAAAAAAAAGUCAAUUCAAUGCAACAAUCAGCCAAAAGGUUUGUACUCCAGUCAGAACUUGCUGUCAGUGAUAAGCUUCUUUUAAUUAUAAUAAAUCUGCUUUGCUUGCAUUCAGUAAAA